UGAUCCAAUCCAUGCUCUUUUUGUAGUACAAGUUGUAAUGCUACAAUAAAGCCUAAAUAUAUACAUUUGUAUCCAUAUGCAAGUGUUUUCACCGCUAUUUUGUGCUGUUAAACUACCCUAAAACUUGGUCAGCAGCACUGUAAACAUGGCAGGAGUUAUCCGGAGGCUCGACGAGACUGUUGUCAACCGGAUUGCUGCAGGAGAAGUUAUCCAGCGUCCUGCCAACGCCGUCAAAGAACUGAUAGAAAACUGUUUGGAUGCCAAGUCCACCAACAUCCAGGUGACGGUAAAAGACGGCGGACUGAAGCUCCUCCAGAUUCAGGACAACGGCACUGGCAUCAGGAGAGAAGAUAUGGAAAUUGUUUGUGAGAGGUUCACCACCAGCAAACUCCAGACUUUUGAGGACCUCUCAGCUAUUGCAACCUACGGAUUCAGAGGAGAGGCCCUUGCUAGUGUGAGCCAUGUCGCCCAUGUGACCAUAACGACUAAAACAGCUGAUGCCAAAUGCGCCUACAGAGCUAACUACAGUGACGGCAAACUGAAAGGCCCUCCCAAACCAUGUGCUGGCAACCAGGGAACACAGAUUCUUGUGGAGGACCUCUUCUAUAACGUGUCCACCAGGAGGAAAGCUUUAAAGAGCCCCAGUGAUGAGUACUCCAGGAUUGUAGAUGUGGUCAGCAGGUACGCCAUACACAAUUCAGGAAAAAGUUUCUCUGUAAAAAAGCAAGGAGAGACCGUGGCAGAUGUGAGGACUCUACCCAAUGCAUCCGUAGUGGAUAAUAUUCGAGGAGUUUUUGGAAAUGCAGUCAGCAGGGAGCUGAUCCAAGUUGGCUGCGAGGAUCAGAAGCUCGCUUACAAGAUGAAAGGCUACAUCUCUAACGCAAACUACUCAGUCAAGAAAUGCAUCCUGGUGCUCUUCAUCAACCAUCGUCUGGUGGAGUCGAGCGCUUUGAAGAAAGCAAUCGAGACAGUUUAUGCUGCGUACCUUCCCAAGAACACACACCCCUUUCUAUACCUCAGUUUGGAGAUCGCUCCGCAGAACGUAGACGUCAAUGUCCAUCCAACGAAACAUGAGGUGCAUUUCUUGCACGAAGACAGCGUCAUCGAGAGCGUUCAGAAGCAUGUCGAGAGCAAACUUCUUGGCUCCAACUCCUCACGCACAUACUUCACUCAGACGUUGCUGCCGGGGCUCUCAGUCUCAGGUGGCAGUGAGGUCAAGUCCCCCAGCGCCGCGGCAGAGUCCGGCGAGCGAGUCUACGCACAUCAGAUGGUGAGGACCGACUGUCGCGCACAGAAGCUGGACGCCUUCCUCCAGCCGAAAGAGAAGCCGCCACCUGACCCUGAACCAGCCGGUCCCAGCAGCAGGGAGGCUGCGACCAGAACCGCCCAGCCCGGCAGCGUAGAGAUGGAGGAAACAGAUGAUGCGGACAUGCUGAUGGCCCUGGCUGAGCAGGAAGCAGAGGUGUCACAAGGCAACGAAGACAAUGCUAACAGUGCACAAAGGAAGCGACCCAGGAAAGAUCAGCAGCAGCAGCCGGAGAAAGAAGUAGACGAAGACCUGACGGCUGCAACCAUGCCCAAGAGACGAGUCAUAAAACUGAACAGCAUUAAAGAGCUCAGAGCUGAGACCGCAGAGAACACACACAAAGGGCUCCAAGAAAUGCUGCAGAACCACUCGUUUGUGGGCUGCGUCAACCCACAGUGGACUCUGAUCCAACACCACACCAAACUGUACCUGCUCAACACCACCAAACUCAGCCAGGAGCUUUUCCACCAAAUACUCAUCUACGACUUUGGGAACUUCGGCGUACUACGACUGUCUACUCCAGCUCCACUUUACGACCUCGCCAUGUUGGCUCUGGACUCUGAGGAGAGCGGCUGGUCAGAAGAGGACGGUCCUAAAGAAGGCCUGGCUCAGUACAUAGUGGACUUCCUGAAGAAGAAAACAGAGAUGCUUGAGGACUAUUUCUCACUGGAGAUAGACCAGGAAGGAAAUCUAACAGGGCUGCCGUUACUGCUCGACAAGUACACCCCCAUCAUGGAGGGUCUGCCCAUGUUCAUCCUCCGCCUGGCCACUGAGGUGAACUGGGACAAUGAAAAAGAGUGCUUCAGAGACUUCAGCAAGGAGUGCAGCAUGUUCUACUCCAUCAGGAAGCGCUACAUCUUGGAGGCCGAGCCGGGAGAGGAGCAGGAUGCCGAGGUAAACUCGUGGCGUUGGAAAGUUGAGCAUGUCAUUUUCAAAGCUUUCCGAACCCUCUUGAGUCCUCCGAAGAACUUCAGUGAGGACGGAACUGUGCUGCAGAUCGCCAACUUACCUGAUCUCUAUAAAGUUUUUGAGAGGUGCUAAAUCUGAUCACAAAAUCAACCAUACAUGCUGCUUUUUUUAUACCUUAUUAUUUGUUCU